UAUUUCUGUGAAUGUUAUCGCCGCUCUAGUUGUCUUAAUCUUGCGAUCCAAUUUCAAACGCUUCUAGUACGCAUUAGCCUUACGAUGACUAACAUUAACGCAAAAAGGGCUUCAAGUGGUCUGCCAGAUUUCUCAGAGCCUUGGAAGUUCAGCGAUGCCAUUCUUUCAGUUGAAGAUCAAAGAUUUCAUGUCCAUCGCAGCACUCUUGCAUUUUGGUCGCCUGUAUUCGAGAGGAUGUUUACAUCUGAUUUUAAGGAAAAGAAUAGCGAUGAAAUUCCACUUCCAGGAAAGAAAGCAAACGAAAUCGCAGAGCUUCUACAAAUAAUGUAUCCUUCUUUGGAAGAAAAAAGGGUGACCAAAGCCAACUGUUAUUUCUUGUUGGAUCUCGCUCGCGAAUAUCAAAUAACGUCCAUUACCCAAAAAUGCGAAGAUUUCUUGGUAGCUGUGAUCAAAACAAGGAAGAAUGAGGAUGUAAUAGCCGAACUCAUUGUUGGGCAAAACUUUGAGCUAAAAACACUGGUGAAGACAUGCGUUUAUGAAGCGCGUCGUUUAAAUCUGAAGCAGUUGAAGCGACAUCCCAAGCGUGCCGAGGUCGAGCCAAACAACUAUUUACAGAUAGCUGAGGGGAUUAUAGCGCGACUCGAGGAAACGUGCGCGGAAGUGAAAUCCAGUUCCUUGAAAAGUGUUUCUGAAAUAAUCAAUUCGUUGUAUAAUCAUACCCAGCCUAAGAGGGUCAGUGUUUACAAUUAUGGCCGUGUUUCGUCUAAUGACAUGGAAAAAUUGAAUUUACUGAAGAAUGACAAGGACAAAGACACUCGCUGCGGUAACCUGAGUAAUUCUGCAGAGAGUUUGGACAGACUACAGUAUUUAUUACAGAAACUUUAGAGCGAUGAGAUGGUUUAAGGUAUAUACUCAUUCUUUAGCUUAUUUUCAUGAUAGGUUAAUACCACGGCAAUAGCAAUAUUUAGACUGAAUUAUUGCGGAACAGCAACCACAGUCUUUCAACCCUGAGACACCCUCUUCCUUUUAAUCCGUCGAACAGCCUCUCUGAGCACUACUAUUUGUCUAAUAGGUCUUAAUAAGUAACGCAAAACGAUCUUUCGGGAAACAUAAGCUGUCACAGACUGUGUAAGAAACGGCAAAUAAAGGUUUAAACGGUUUA